UAUAUGACAAGUGACAGAUCAAAUAAAACGUUAAACAUAACCUUACAAUAUUCAACAACAAAAAACUGAAAAACAAGCCGUGCUUGUAAAACUUUCGGUUUCCCAAGUAUCUUUGCUAAUUACUUAACUUUUGUGUUGUUCAGGUUUAAAUAAUACAAGAUCAUGGAUGCUGAUUUAUAUGAUGAAUUUGGAAAUUACAUUGGACCAGAAUUAGAUAGUGAUGAUGAUGAGGAAGAAGAACAUGAAGCACAUGAUGAGGAUGAACAACAUGAAUAUGAUGAUGAACAAAUGGAAGAUGAGCCACAACCAAUGGCAAUAGUUCUGCAUGAAGAUAAACAAUAUUAUCCCUCAGCCUUGCAAGUCUAUGGACCAGAUGUUGAAACAAUAGUGCAAGAAGAAGAUGCUCAGGCUCUUGAUGUACCCCUCAUUGAACCUGUAAAAAAGAAAAAAUUUCAGUUGAAAGAGCAAAAUUUACCUGAAACUGUUUAUAACAUGGAAUUUUUAGCAGACAUGAUGGACAAUACGUCUCUUAUCCGCAAUGUGGCAUUAGUGGGGCAUCUGCACCACGGCAAAACGACAUUUGUCGACUGCUUAAUCAGACAAACGCACCCGGGCUACCAGGAUAACGAGGAAAAAAAUCUAAGAUACACGGAUAUUCUUUUUACUGAACAAGAAAGGGGUUGCUCAAUUAAGUCGAUUCCAGUCACUUUACUACUACAAGAUAUAAAGAACAAAAGUUAUUUAAUGAAUAUUUUCGAUACACCAGGGCAUGUAAACUUCUCGGAUGAAGUUACUGCUGCCAUGAGAUUGUGCGACGGUGUAGUACUCUUUGUGGAUGCGGCCGAAGGUGUGAUGCUUAAUACCGAACGACUAUUGAAACACGCUGUUCAAGAACAGUUGCAGAUAACGGUAUGCAUCAAUAAAAUCGAUCGGUUGAUUUUGGAGUUGAAAUUGCCUCCUCAAGAUGCCUACUAUAAGCUCAGACAUAUCGUAGAAGAGAUAAAUGGUUUAUUAACGUUAUAUUCUGAUGAUGCUAACCCUCAAAUCGUAUCCCCGGUUCUUGGAAACGUAUGUUUUGCUAGUUCGCAGUACGGUGUCUGCUUCACACUGAAAUCUUUUGCGAAUAUCUACAAUUUAUAUUAUGGCGAAGUUAAUGUGGAAGAAUUCGCUAAGAGACUUUGGGGAGAUAUCUAUUUUAAUCCCAAAAAUCGAAAGUUUACGAAAAAAGCGCCACACAACUCUGCGCAAAGGAGUUUCGUGGAAUUUAUACUAGAACCACUGUACAAAGUAUUUGCUCAAGUUGUAGGAGAUGUAGAUUCCACCCUACCUAAAGUCUUGGAUGAAUUGGGCAUUAAAUUAACCAAAAAUGAGAUGAAACUCAAUAUUAGGCCUCUUCUUAGAUUGGUCUGUAAUAAGUUUUUGGGAGAUUUUAGUGGUUUUGUCAAUAUGUGCGUGGAACACAUAAAAUCACCUUUGGACAAUGCAAAAACGAAGAUUUCUCAUAUUUAUACAGGACCAAAUACCAGUAAAGUAUAUGAUGAUAUGGCUAAUUGUGAUCAAGAAGGUUACCUUAUGGUUCACAGUUCCAAAAUGUACCCCACGGAAGACUGCACAUUCUUCCAAGUAUUAGGCAGAGUUAUGAGUGGCACCCUCCAUGCCGGUACUGAUGUUAGAAUUUUAGGUGAAAAUUAUACGUUGCAAGAUGAAGAAGAUUCCAGAGUACUGACAGUUGGAAGAUUGUGGAUAUAUGAAUCUAGGUACAAAAUUGAAUUAAAUAGGGUGCCAGCUGGCAAUUGGGUACUUAUAGAGGGCAUAGAUCAGUCUAUAGUAAAAACCGCCACCAUAACAGAUCUUACAAUACACGAUGAUCUGUAUAUAUUUAGACCAUUGAAGUUUAACACCCAGAGUGUAAUAAAAAUAGCAGUUGAACCAGUAAAUCCUUCUGAAUUACCUAAAAUGUUGGAUGGUUUGAGAAAGGUUAACAAAUCGUAUCCGCUAUUAACAACGAGGGUCGAAGAGUCUGGAGAACACGUCGUUUUGGGCACUGGAGAAUUGUAUUUGGACUGCGUCAUGCAUGAUUUAAGGAAAAUGUAUUCAGAAAUUGAUAUUAAAGUUGCUGAUCCAGUGGUGGCAUUCUGCGAAACCGUUGUCGAAACGUCAAGCUUAAAAUGUUUCGCGGAAACGCCAAACAAAAAAAACAAAUUGACGAUGAUCGCCGAACCACUGGAAAAAGGUCUGGCGGAAGAUAUAGAAAAUGAAAGCGUCCAAAUUGGCUGGAACAAAAAGAAGCUGGGAGAGUUUUUCCAAACGAAGUACGAUUGGGAUUUGUUGGCGGCGAGAAGUAUAUGGGCCUUUGGACCUGAUACUACCGGUCCAAAUAUAUUGGUGGACGACACCCUGCCAUCAGAAGUAGACAAAGGGCUGCUCAGCUCCGUCAAAGAUUCAAUAGUCCAAGGUUUUCAGUGGGGAACAAGAGAAGGGCCUUUAUGCGAAGAACCAAUCAGAAAUAGUAAAUUUAAGAUACUUGAUGCUGUAAUCGCCAAUGAACCAUUGCACAGAGGUGGUGGUCAAAUAAUUCCUACUGCUAGAAGAGUCGUAUACUCCGCUUUCUUGAUGGCUACUCCCAGGUUGAUGGAGCCAUAUUUCUUUGUUGAAGUACAAGCGCCCGCUGAUUGUGUGUCCGCUGUAUAUACUGUUUUGGCCAAACGGCGCGGUCACGUAACUCAAGAUGCCCCAGUACCCGGUUCGCCUUUGUAUACUAUCAAAGCCUUCAUUCCAGCAAUUGACAGUUUCGGCUUUGAAACUGAUUUGCGAACGCACACUCAGGGACAAGCCUUUUGUCUAUCAGUAUUUCAUCAUUGGCAGAUCGUCCCUGGUGACCCUCUGGAUAAAUCCAUCGUCAUACGACCUCUGGAGCCUCAACCAGCCACACAUCUGGCCAGAGAAUUCAUGAUCAAAACCAGAAGAAGAAAAGGUCUAAGCCAGGAUGUAUCCAUAAACAAAUUCUUCGAUGAUCCUAUGUUGCUCGAGUUGGCCCGGCAAGAUGUCAUGUUAAAUUAUCCUCUACUUUAAAAAUAAAGCAUUUUUAAGUUUAGGUUAGAUUUUUUAAGAAUAAGAACGAAUAAAAAUAACUUUUAAACCGCCAACUAUA